UAUUUGAUUAAAGUCUUAUCAUAUCUGAUUGAGUUCAAAGUGUGAAACCGUGCUGGAAGCAAUUGAUCGAAUUUUUGGUUUCGUGAUGCAAGAGAAAAUUGGCUGAGCAGUCUGGAGUAAAAAAGCUUAGAUGUAACCGUUUGGAACGUCACCCGCUUGAGUCUUUUUAUUUUGAUUUUCUCCCUUUUUUGAGCUCGAGCGAGCACUUUGGAAUAGAUUCAAGCACGGUUAAUGCUUUGAGAGUUGGAGUUUGAUGAGGCUGAUUGAAAAAUACAUUAUGAAAUUUGGGUAAGAUAUAGAUAUUUUGAGAAUUCAACUAGGAAAUGUUGAUGGGAACAAUCAAACGAAGAUUGAUUUGGUACUUAUCUACUAUUUUGGUAUUCAGAAAAGAUCAUUUAUUACUCUCCCUUUCUAUCUCGCGAUAAGAUAAUAACUUAUGUUAAAAGAAACUACUUUGAAAUCCAUGGAACUCUGCAGCAUGAUAGGACAUGUUUCUCAUCUAAAAGGUUGAAGGUCGACGUCAGCGCAAAAAAAUUCUCAUUUUGGUAUAUCAGAGCUUUGGACUAGUUUUUGGUGGCUUGAGCAUUUCCCCACUUUAUGUUUACAAGUGUACAUUUUCUGGGAGUUUGGGUAAUUAUCAAACUGAGGAUGCAAUAUUUGGGGUGUUUUCCUUGAUUUUUUGGACUUUUACCCUUCUUUCGCUGUUGAAGUAUGUCAUUAUCAUGCUGAAUGCAAAUGACAAUGGUGAAGUCAUUUGCAGGAGGAAUUAUGGCAUUAUAUUCACUCCUUUGCCGAAAUGCAAAAUUCUCUUUGCUGCCUAAUUAUCAAGCAGCGGAUGAGGAGCUCUUCACGUAUCAUUACCGAGGUUUCUCAAAUAGAAGUAUACCUUCCUCUAUAAUCAGACGAUUCGUUGAGAGGCAUAAAAGCGCAAAAACUGGCUUACUGAUUGUUACCUUAUUUGGUGCUUGCAUGGUAAUUAGUGUUGGUGUCUUAACUCCUGCAAUUUCUGUUCUUUCAUCUGUUGAGGGCCUAAAAUUUCAAGCGACAAAUCUGCAUAAUAGUAUCGUGAUUGUUAUUGCCUGUAUUUUACUGGUCGGUCUUUUUGUCUUGCAACACCGAGGCAGCCACAGGGUGGCAUUUAUGUUCGCUCCCAUCAUGAUUCUAUGGGUACUUGCGAUUGCUACUGUUGGUGUCUACAAUGUCAUUAAGUGGAAUCCAAGGGUAUACCAGGCUCUUUCUCCAUAUUAUAUUUACAAGUUCUUUAAGGACACAGGAAAAGAUGGCUGGGUUUCUCUUGGAGGAAUAAUACUCUGUGUUGCUGGAACCGAAGCAAUGUUUGCAGAACUUGGCUACUUCACCGCAGCAUCAAUGAGGGUCACAUUUUCUUGUCUUAUUUACCCAUGUUUAAUACUUCAAUAUAUGGGCCAAGCUGCAUUUCUUUCAAAGAAUGUUUCCGAAGUAUCUAUGAGCUUUUAUGCUUCCAUUCCUGAUCCCUUAUUUUGGCCAAUGCUUGUGGUGGCAAUUUUUGCUGCAAUGGUCGCCAGUCAGGCUGUUAUAUCUGGCACAAUCUCAAUUGUCAAACAAUGCCAUGCAUUAGGAUGUUUCCCUCGUGUCAAGGUUGUUCAUACAAGGAGGUGGAUCCCUGGUCAGAUAUACAUUCCUGAGAUAAACUGGAUCCUUAUGAUUCUCAAUCUGGCUGUCACAGUUGGUUUUCGAGAUGUGAAUCCUAUUGGAAAUGCUUAUGGGAUUGCAUAUCUGACUGUCACAUUUGUGACAACUUGCUUGAUGUCACUGAUCAUCAACCUCGUAUGGCACAAGAGUCUUGUGUUUUCCCUUAUAUUCAUCCUGUUCUUUGGAUCCAUUGAGCUUAUCUUCCUUUCAUCUUCUUGCAUGAGAAUCCCUAAAGGUGGCUGGGUUCCUCUUGUGAUCGCUGCGGUGUUCUUAUUCAUUAUGUAUGUCUGGCAUUAUGGUUCCAGGAAGAAGUAUUUAUAUGACCAACAUAACAAGGUUUCCAUGAAAUGGAUACUGACACAGGGUCCUAGUCUUGGGGUCAUUAAGGUUCCUGGAAUUGGCCUCAUAUACACUGAAUUGGCAACUGGAGUCCCAGCAAUGUUUAACCAUUUCUUAACAAACUUACCCGCUUUUUAUCAAGUAGUUGUUUUCGUCUGUGUUAAAACUGUUCCUGUUCCCUAUGUACCCCUUCAAGAACGGUAUCUCAUUGGCCGGAUUGGGCCGAGAUCUUACCGGAUGUACCGCUGCAUUGUCCGAAAUGGCUACAAAGAUUUUAAUAGCAGUGAAGAUGAUUUUGAAAAUGAUCUGGUGAUGAGCAUAGCAGAGUUCAUCCAACUGGAAGCUGAAGGUCCCCGUACUCUUGAUGGCUCUGUAGAUGGUCGAAUGGCAGUUGUGAGGACGUCUGAAAAGUUUGGGACUAGAUUGAGAAGGUCAGAAUCUGCAUUCUUUGGUGAAAGCUCAAGCCCUUUGACCUCUGCUACUGUGACUAGCAGCAAGUCAGCCACAUUGCAGAAAUUGAAGUCUAUGAAUAGACAGGAAUCAAUCCAUCUCAACAAUAGGCCAACGGUUCAUUUUGAGUUGGUGAAUACAAAAUACAAGGAUCUACAUGUCAAGCAAGAGCUCUUGGAGCUUGUGGAAGCUAAGCAUGCUGAGGUUGCAUAUGUUGUAGGCCACUCGCAUAUCAAAGCAAAAUGGAAUUCAUCGUUCUUAAAGAAGUUUGCAGUCAAUAUCGUCUACUCUUUCUUGCGUAAAAACUGCCGCGCCCUUUCUGUGGGCUUGAAUAUCCCCCAUAUCUGUUUGAUUGAAGUUGGUAUGACCUACCAUGUGUAGCAGAAUCUACAUGUAUACCUGAAGUAUUUUAAGUUACAUGAGGUUUCUUUUCUGGUGCUACUGGAAAUUGCAAUAUGUUGUCACACUUGUGGUUUUUGACUUUUGAGAGAAUUGUUGCUCUGAAAUCUUCACUGGGCAUAAUGGUAGGGGGUGAAAGGCUGCAUCUGAAUGAUUGUUUCAAUUCAUUUUAUUGUAGCACUAAAUGCAGGCUCCUAUUAAUUGGUUUUGCCAAGUAGCUCAAUCUUAGAUCAUGGACUGAUCUUCCAGUUUGGAAGGCUUGCCAUUUAUGAUUUUCCAAA